AUGUACAAACUUUGUAAGCUAUCGGCAAACUUCAUUCCAGACGACAAAUAGGGUUGAAAUGCAGUUAAUCGGCUUUCUUUCGAUUUGCUGUUGUUUCUUUUACCAUAAUGUCGAUUGCGCAUUCUGCCAACAACCCGUCACAGUAACAAAAGGAUGUAUAGAAAAACACAACUGCAACGCCGGAUUCAAAUCACUUGUUCUGUCUGAAGAUGCUGCGGCAGCGAUGAAGGAAGUUUCGUCAUUCUUGAACGCCGAGUAUAAACGCCGUUGUUGGGUAUGCGCAAACUAUCAGAACCUUUCCGCUACGCCACGUGACUGUCAGGACUGGUACAUUUCGGGGUUCCGUGAUACCGGGGUUUAUACCAUCUAUCCGAGCCCGGGCGUUACAUUUCAGGUCCGUUGUGACAUGGUGAAGGAUGGAGGAGGGUGGACGGUAAUACAGAGACGGGUGUCCGCCAGCGACUUCUACAAAACUUGGGCCGAAUACAAGGCCGGGUUCGGCGAUGAACAGAACUUCUGGCUCGGAAAUGAGAACAUCUUUGCACUUACAGGUUCAGGGGAUUACAGACUACGAGUUGAUUUGACAGCAGUCGGAGGGGCAACCGCAUACGCGUCAUAUCAACAGUUUGCAGUUGCAGGGGAGAAUGAUUUGUACAGAUUGUCGGUCGCAAAUUAUAGCGGAACUGCGGGCGAUAGUAUGUCGUAUUCAAACAACAUGGCGUUCACAGUUAAAGAUCGUGAUAAUGAUUUGUAUUCUGAGAACUGCGCUACGCAUUUGAAAAGUGCGUGGUGGUACAAUUCAUGCAGCUACUCAGAUUUAAAUGGGCCUUAUGGUGGAGACAAUACAGGAGGAUAUGAAAGAGGACUAAGAUGGUAUACUUGGCUUGGCUCUGGCUAUUCGAAAGCAAGUUCGGAAAUGAAAAUACGGAGAAGAUAAUUGAUAGCUAAGGAUUGCUAUUUACACCAAAUGUGUAAUACAUUGUAGUGUUUUUGUUGCAGAAGGUGUUUAAUUAUAUUUGUUUUCUGGGCUCCAUAUGAUGUAAUAUAUACGGUCGUACGAUCAAAGUGUUCGUGCCUAUGCACAUCAACACAUUAUCUUUAUUAAACUUGUUAAACUUAAAUCAGUCAGUAAAACAAUCAUAUUGGUUGCUUGUGUAUAUUUAUGCUUAGCUCAUUGAUUUUAUGGUAGGUGUGUGUUUCUUAAGGAAUUUUACUAUAAAUACCAUACGUCUUCUAAUAUUCAGUUAGCUUUGUCCUUGCAAUUUUAUUCGCUAAAUAUGGUAGACACAUUAAAUAUGUACGACAAAAUAAGAAUAUAUCGAACUCAUAUGAGCUUAAAUAAACAAUAACCUGGAUCAGUGAUAACAAUAAAGUGUAUGAAUACCUU